GCGUAGCAAUUGGCAAAAAAAAAACUAAACAAAAGUGACCUAGUCGUAAACCAGUAUAAGUCGAAUUCGUAUCAUUUACCAUUGAGGCAGGCUGGGGAAAUGUCUUUGGGACUACAAGGCAGUGGAAAUACAGUAAUUACUUUUUUGUAGCGCGUGAUUGACAUUCAGAUUUUUGAUUUUCAGCCAACUACGCGGCUUUGACGUCGGUGGAGCUGUCAGAUUUUAUAAGAAAUCACAAGCGGACGGCGAGCUCAAACAACAGACCUGUCUAGGAGAGCCCGAGCUGCUAACAGCAGAGCCUUGCUUUUCAAUUUGCUCUCGCCGAGGGGAAGAGCAGGUUAAUCUCUCACGGCCACAGCGCUGUGAUCUGUAAAAACGGCACCGCCGCCGCCUCGACACCCUGGGUGCUUUUUGCAGCCGGCAACAUUGUUUUGUGGACAUCCGUCUGACGCCUGUGAAAUAACUGGGACAUUAUUCCUUCAUAAUGAAUGCUAAAUGAUACCUGAGACCCCCCUCCCUCCCCCCUUCCCUCCUCAUGCACUGUAGGUCCUUGCAGAAGCACAAGACAAGUUUGUUGCUCCUGGCCGUCGUUUAGUUCGGUGUGAGACACCGCCGUAGAGAAGAAGCGGCACGAAGUUUCCCCGCGCUGUUGAGCUCCGUACACGAGAACCAGCGGGCCAGCGAGAGCGAUGGAGCUGUCCACCGUACCUGGGGCUGAUUUCGCCGACCUGUACGCCGUGUUCCCCGCCAACGGCACCUUGCAGGAAGAGCCGAGCGGGUUCAUGCCUAACGGGAGCCUGAACUACACCGAGCUGAGCACCGUGAAGAGUGCCACAAGCAUCAUCAUCGCUAUAUCCAUCACAGCCAUCUACUCCGUGGUCUGUGUGGUUGGGCUGCUCGGAAACAUCCUGGUUAUGUACGGGGUGGUAAGAUACACCAAAAUGAAGACUGCCACAAACAUUUACAUCUUCAACCUGGCCCUGGCAGAUGCGCUGGCCACCAGUACCCUCCCAUUCCAGAGUGCCAAGUACCUGAUGGACACCUGGCCCUUUGGAGAGCUGAUCUGCAAGAUUGUAAUUGCUAUCGACUACUACAACAUGUUCACCAGCAUCUUCACCCUCACAAUGAUGAGUGUGGACCGCUAUAUCGCCGUGUGCCACCCCGUCCGAGCCCUCGACUUCCGCACGCCCAUCAAGGCCAAGAUUAUCAAUGUCUGUGUGUGGAUCCUGUCCUCAGCCAUCGGGGUGCCCAUUAUGAUCAUGGCCGUCACCAAAGUCACAGAUAAAGGAAACAUUGUGUGCAUGCUGAAAUUCCCUGAUCCAGACUGGUACUGGGACACAGUAACGAAGAUCUGCGUCUUCAUCUUUGCCUUUGUGGUGCCUGUGCUAGUCAUCACCAUAUGUUACGGGCUGAUGAUCCUGCGGUUGAAGAGUGUGCGUCUGCUCUCAGGAUCCAAGGAGAAAGACAAGAACCUGCGCCGCAUCACCCGCAUGGUGCUCGUGGUGGUGGCAGCCUUCAUCAUCUGCUGGACUCCCAUCCACAUCUUCAUCAUCGUGAAAACCCUGGUGGAGAUUGACAAGAAGAACCCCUUCGUCAUCGCCAGCUGGCACCUCUGCAUUGCCCUCGGCUACACCAACAGCAGCCUCAACCCAGUGCUCUAUGCGUUCCUGGACGAAAACUUCAAGAGAUGUUUCCGAGAUUUCUGCCUGCCCUUCCGCUCCAGAAUGGAGCAGAACAGCUUCACCAGGGCCAGGAACGCCACCCGCGAACCCAUCUCAGUCUGCGCGCCUUCAGAAGCCGGGAAGAAGCCAGUAUGACUAGACAUGGACCGCCUGCCCCAUGGGUCUCGUACCCGGAGAGUGCAACAAGACCUGCAGUCAGAAGUCACACAGAUCUCCACCACAGAGUUUUAGCUCUAGAGGACCCCCAGCCCCCACAGGAGUCUCCACGUGUAUAUGACCAUCACUGAUUAUCCCAAGUUAUCUAGAAUUCUUCCACUCUUUUCCUGCCAGGAAAUGUUCCUAGGAGCUGCUUUCAGAAGGAAUAGGACAAUCUUUCAUUUUACAUGUGCCCUCCUAGAUCUUGACCUUACAAGGAGGGUAGAAAGUGGGGGG